CUACUGUAUAACAAUCAAGCUUCAAUAUAUGUGGGGUUGGACGAUCUUAGGGGAAGGAAUCUUUCGUCCGUCCUAAAUAGAUUAAUCUUAGCGUUUCUUAUCGGCCUGGGCCUGGACGAUCAGCCCACACGAACAGGCACGGCGUGGCGCAGCCGGAAGGUAUCGACUUGCCCCCGUUUAUUGUUUAUCACCCUUUUGCCCUUUUGCCCUUUUGCUCCUUCCAUCCCUGAUUGCGACUCUACUGCCCAAGUAUCCAUCCUCCAAGAACAUGGAACCUACUGUCCUUAUUUAACCGCUAUUUGUUCGGUGUCAUAUCAGCUGCCUGGUCGCCCACCUAUUUACUCUUGCCCAGUCGCUGGCGCGCCGCUGUCAUGUUCCUGACUCCCAAUCGCCGGUAUGUUACGCUUGCUGGCGCCGUCCUUUUCCUCGAAUGGACGUGGGUAUUCCUCUGCAGCCCUGGGCACAAGGACAUUCUAGCUUCCCUGCCCUCUCAGCACAAAGCAGCAAACGACGAUAUCUUUGACUAUGGGUUUGUCCAGUCCGCUGCGCUGAAGGAUAUAUGCGACGCAGUGGAAUGGAACAACGAGUUGAUCUUCACAUGCGACAACAAUUCAGGCAGCGUCGCAGAUGUCAAGAACUCGAUCUUAAACUGUCUUCGAUUCGCCAUCGCUGCCGGUGGGCUACUCGUGGCCCCUCGCAUCAUCAUCUCCAACAGCAGCGAAACCUCCUCAGUCGACUCUGCGACCAAACGGACAGACUUCAGCUCCAUGUUCGACCUACACCACUUCCUCAUGUCCCUCCAUCUCUCCUGCCCCCAACUCAUUACCCACAAACACGUCGACGACGUCCCCCCACGAGCAUGGACACACAACCCCUUGUCUCUGCGACCAGAGGACCUCCAGUCCCCUUUCCUCUCAGCCGGCAUCCCGCGUCCAGAGACCUGGGGCGCCGAAUUCCACACCUGGCUCGGUAACCAGACCGCCACUCGCAAGCCCACCGGCGGCCUCACAGUGGUCAACCUCGCGCGCUCCCUGCCCGUAUACCCGGUCUCCAGCGACGAGGACUUUGCGCACGAAUUCGGCAUGUUUCUCAAGAUCCAACCCGAUGCGCGAGUACUCGCCACAUUGACCUUCCACGCCCUGAUUCGCAAGUACAACUUCGACGCGGCAGACUCGAGUGCGAUUGCGAGGAACGCCUAUGUAGGCGCAUAUCUAGGCUCCGACGGCAAAGCGACAGACACAAACCAUUCACCUACGACACUCGCACAACGUAUCCUCAACGAAACCCUCGCAGCCGACCUCACGGUUCUCUACCUCGCAUCCACCGAUCCAUCAAGUGGUGAGCGCCUCGCCGCCGACGCCUCCCCACUCAAAAUACAAGUUACCUCAAAAUUCGACCUCCUCCCACCACAAGACGCGGCAGCCUUACAAGCCCUGGCGCCGGAGCAGCAAGCGCUGGUGGAUUACCUCGUUUUGGGGAGGGCGAGCCAGUUCAUGGGUGUAGGGGGUGAUGCGUUUGGGUGGAGUGUUGCACUGGGGAGGGGAGGGAAGUGGAGCAGGGAUGGGGGUGAGGGGAUGGAGGGUGAGCUGAUGCGGGACUCGUUGAGUCGGAUUUAUGGGAAGCAAGGGGAUGAUGAAUUUGCCAGUUGUUUGUGGCCGUGAUGGGAUGCGCGUGUGUAAAGGAAGUAGAAUGGUUGUAAAUGUUAGCGUUUCAGAGCGGUUGGGUUUGUAUGAUAUGUUGAUACAGGUAGUAAGUGGUCGUGUGGUAAGAAGUAUUCGGGGCUAUACGGUUAUCUUGUAAUCAUACUCGGCGAGGUAGAUAUAAGAGAUAUCCGC